AUGUUUCCAGCAUCUUUGAUCUGGGGAACAGUGGUGAUACUCUGCUGUUGUUUUUGGUUUCUUCUAGGAAAAAGGAGGAGGCGUUCAGGUGAGCCACCAUUGGAAAAUGGGUUACUCCCAUAUCUAGGUUGUGCCUUGCAGUUUGGUGCAAAUCCUCUUGAAUUUCUCAGAGCAAGACAAAAGAGAUAUGGCUGUGUCUUCACAUGCAAAGUAGCUGGAAAAUAUAUUCACUUUCUCACUGACCCCUUUUCAUACCACUCACUUACACGCCAUGGAAAGCAUCUGGACUGGAAAAAGUUCCAUUUUGCUGCUUCUGCCAAGGCUUUCGGACAUGGCAGUAUUGACCCAAAUGACGGAAAGACCAGUGAAGAUUUUCAUCACACUUUUAUUAAAACUCUACAAGGUAAUGCCUUGAAUCCUCUUAUUGAAACCAUGAUGGAAAACCUACAGUAUGUCAUGCUACAGUCAAGCACAUCUAAACUCCAUCCCAACAACUGGAUAACAGAUAGACUUCAUGCAUUCUGCAGUCGGGUGAUGUUUGAAGCUGGCUUUUUAACAUUCUUUGGUACAGAGCUCAGUUCAAAUCACGAUGACAAUCUGUCUAAGCAGGAAAUGGAGAGAGCACGUAUUCUAAAUGCUCUUGAAAACUUCAAGGAAUUUGACAAAAUCUUUCCAGCCCUUGUAGCAGGCCUACCUAUCCAUAUGUUCAAGAACGCCCACAGUGCACGAGCAAAGCUGGAACAGGAACUGCUCCACGAGAAACUCUAUAAAAGGGACAACAUCUCAGAGCUUGUCACACUCCGCAUGUUCUUGAAUGAUACUCUGUCCACUUUUGAUGAUAAGGAAAAAGCCAAAACCCAUGUGGUUAUACUGUGGGCUUCACAGUCUAAUACAAUACCUGCUACUUUUUGGAGCUUAUUCCAUAUUAUUAGGAACCCAGAAGCAAUGAAAGCUGCUACUGAAGAAGUAAAAAACACAUUAGAAGAUGCUGGUGAAAAGAUUAGCUUAGAUGGCAAAUAUAUUUCCUUGAAUCGAAAACAGCUUGAUAACAUGCCAGUUCUAGAUAGUAUUAUCAAAGAAGCAAUACGAUUGUCCAGUGCAUCCAUGACCGUCAGAGUUGCUAAAGAGGAUUUUACUUUGCGUUUAGAAGAUGACUCCUAUAACAUUCGCAAAAAUGACUUUGUAGCUCUCUAUCCUCAGCUGAUGCACUUUGAUCCAGAAAUCUAUGCUGAUCCUACGAUAUUCAAGUAUGAUCGUUUUCUCAAUGAGAAUGGAGAAGAGAAGACUGCCUUCUAUCACAGUGGGCACAAAUUAAGACAUUAUUACAUGCCAUUCGGAGCAGGAAUAGCAAAGUGUCCUGGCAGAUUAUUUGCUGUUCAUGAAAUCAAACAAUUUUUGACUUUGCUACUUUCAUACUUUGAAAUGGAACUUGUUGACAAUGAUGUGGCAUGCCCUUCUUUAGAUCAGUCCCGAGCAGGACUUGGUAUUUUACCGCCAGUCAAUGACAUUGAUUUCAGGUAUAGAUUAAAAUGUCUGUGA